UUAAAAGCCAAAGCAAAACAAGCCAGCAACAAAAAAAGUGUAGAAGCGUGUUAAAUCAAAUUCGAGUGUGUGCAGGCCGCGUUUUUAUUUUUCAAUUAUAUCAAAAUAAACUGACAUGAAAAUAAUCAGAAAUAUAUAAGGAAAUCAACAAGUGUGUGACGCGCGUUCAUAUCGUUUAUAUUCGUCUGGGUCUCUUACUUGCUUCGCUUUCAUUCAUGCGGUCAACUAGAGUCAACAGCCAUAACAGCAAAAGCAACAGCAACAACUGCAGUUAACUGAGAGAGCUUUAUUUAUUCUUGCUAAGCAUGACUAUCCAUCGAUUGUAAGUGGCCACUAAACUACUGAGCAUGAAGCACCCACAAGAUCUAACAAUUUCAAAUGGACAACAGCAACACAACAACAACAGCAGCAGCAGCAGCUAAUGGAGAUUAACAAAGUGGAGCAAAUGGAAGCGGAGUUAAGUGAACAAGAAUCCGCCGAAAGUCAUAUUAUGCAUGCGGAGGCUGUGCCUGUGGGUCAUCCCGCCGGCUCACCACUGGGUCACGCCUUGAGUCCCGUUGGCGUUGGUCUGGGCUUAAGCAAUAGCAGCAAUCAAAGCAGCGAGAAUUUCGCGCUUUGCAAUGGCAGCAAUAGCAAUGCCAGCAACAACAACAAUAAUGUCUACUCGCCCAACAAUAACAACAACAACAACAACAACAGCAGCAACAACUCACAGCAACAGCAGCAGCAACAACAACAACAGUUGCAACAGCAGCAACAACAAUCGCCAACAGUUUGUGCCAUUUGUGGAGAUCGUGCAACAGGAAAACAUUACGGCGCCUCCAGCUGUGAUGGCUGCAAAGGUUUCUUCCGACGCAGCGUGCGUAAAAAUCAUCAGUAUACCUGCAGAUUCUCUCGCAAUUGCGUUGUGGACAAGGAUAAGCGCAAUCAGUGUCGCUAUUGUCGCUUGCGUAAAUGUUUCAAGGCUGGCAUGAAAAAGGAAGCAGUGCAAAAUGAACGUGAUCGCAUUAGCUGCCGUCGCACCUCCAACGAUGAUCCCGAUCCCGGCAAUGGACUCUCUGUUGUCUCACUGGUCAAGGCGGAGAACGAAUCGCGACAGUCGAAAGCCGGCGCUGCCAUGGAGCCCAACAUCAAUGAGGAUCUCUCUAACAAACAGUUUGCCAGCAUCAACGAUGUCUGCGAGUCCAUGAAACAGCAGCUGCUCACCCUAGUCGAGUGGGCCAAACAGAUACCAGCAUUCAAUGAGCUACAGUUGGACGAUCAGGUGGCGCUGCUGCGCGCCCAUGCGGGUGAGCACUUGCUCUUGGGUCUGUCCAGACGUUCCAUGCAUUUGAAGGAUGUGCUGCUGUUGAGCAAUAACUGUGUUAUCACCAGACAUUGUCCAGAUCCACAUGUCUCGCCCAAUUUGGAUAUAUCGCGCAUUGGAGCGCGCAUUAUUGAUGAACUGGUGGUUGUUAUGAAAGAUGUGGGCAUUGAUGACACCGAAUUUGCCUGCAUUAAAGCGCUGGUCUUCUUUGAUCCCAAUGCCAAGGGUCUAAACGAGCCGCAUCGCAUCAAGUCGCUGCGUCAUCAGAUACUCAAUAAUCUGGAGGAUUACAUCUCCGAUCGGCAGUAUGAGUCACGUGGUCGCUUUGGUGAAAUCCUUUUGAUAUUGCCGGUGCUGCAGUCCAUCACUUGGCAGAUGAUUGAGCAAAUACAAUUUGCAAAGAUCUUUGGUGUGGCGCACAUUGAUUCAUUGCUGCAGGAAAUGCUGCUGGGUGGUGAGCUUGCAGACAAUUCGCUGCCACUGUCGCCGCCAAAUCAGCCGAAUGACUAUCAGAGUCCCACGCAUGGCGGCAAUCUGGAUGCCAAUCAGGUUAGCUCCACGCUGGAUACGCUGGGCUCAGCGAGUGGCGGGCCCUCGCAUGGCCUGGACUUGGAUGUGCAGCAUAUUCAAGCGCUAAUUGAGGCCAAUCAGGCGGAGGAUACGUUUCGCACCGCCUAUAGCAAUGCCACAAAUGCCGCUGGCAAUGCCUCAAGCGCUGUGCCCUCAUCAGCGGUCACUCCCCCAUUGAGCAGCGCUGCCUGCAGUCCCAAGUCUCAGGAGAGCGCAUUUCUGGAUGCCGCUGCAGCGGCGCGGCAAUACAGUGUGCAGCACAAGAGUCAAUUAAUGCACAGUCCGCAGCGUGUGCAUCCCUACCAAAGAAUGCCCACAUCGCCAGUGGAUGCGGGCAUGGUUAUGCGCAAUCCGGCGGAUAUUACGCUUAACGAAUACAAUCGCAGCGAAGGCAACAGCGCCGAUGAGCUGCUGCGUCGUACGCCACUCAAAAUACGUGCGUCGGAGCUACUAACGGGCAGCUAUGUGAUGGCCGCAGAGCCUUGUCGCAUGACACUCAAACAAGAACCCGAAACGGGUUACUAACUGGUGCAAUAAGCCUUAAACUAUACAAAUAUAUACAGGCCCCCCUCUUGCUAAAAAAAAAAAAACACAAUAACAACAACAACAAACACAAAUAACAUUUAAAAAACAUGAAAAUGAAAAUUUACUUAAUUGUUAUUGCCUUGAACUUUUGAUACAUUUUAUUAGCUAGUAAGUAGGUAUUUUGGAAAUUGUUGCUUAAUUUGUAAAACAGACACAAAACAACACACAAUUGCAAUUUAUUUUUGUAUAUUUUAUUACCGUGUAAAGUUGAUAAUGAAGUCAAAUAUUUUGCUCAAAAUAAUGAACCUUUUUAAUUAGUUUAGCAUGUACUAUGAGAGUUUGUUGGUUAUCUACAUUAUAAUAUUAAUAUAUAUACACACACACACCAUUAUAUGCAUACGCAUGUAUGUAUACGUUGAGGACACUAUGCAAUACAUUGUUUUAGGCUAGCUAGGGUGUUGUUUAGUUAUGUAAAACAUAUCUUAUAUGCAUAUUAUACUAUAUAUUUAAUGAAUUACUGAAGAAUGAUGAA